GUUUCCCCUCUAAAUACAUACAAAAAAUAUCAUUGUAAACAAGAACAUUUGAAAGAAGAACACAAAUCGAUUUAUAAGAAAAUAUGGCAGAUGUAGAAGAAUCCACUGCGCCUGCAGAAAUUCAAUCAAGACAUGUUGUUUAUUGUGGAGUUUGUUCGUUACCACCUGAGUAUUGCGAAUACGGCGGCACAGUAAAGAAAUGUCAAGAAUGGCUCGAGAAGAAAUAUCCCUCCAUGUACGAGCGAUUAUGGUCUGAAGAUGCUCUCGCAGCAGCAACCUCCACCCUCAGCGUCGAUGCCCAAAAACGCGCCGCCAAAGACGCCACCAAAAAAGCCGCCAAAGCCGAAGCCCUGGAAGCCAAACAAAAUGAAACUCUCGCGUCCUCUAAAAUCCGUAUCAAGCGCGUCGAGCGCAACAAACGUAAAUACGUAACCGAAGUCCAGGGACUCGAAGCCUUUGGACUCGAGCUCAAGAAGGUUGCGAAGGAGUUCGGAUCUAGGUUUGCGACGGGAAGUAGUGUGACGAAGGUUGCGAGCGGAGGACAGGAAAUCACGGUGCAGGGUGAUGUGAGUGACGAUGUGAGGGAGUUUUUGAUAAAGAAUUAUAAGAAUAUUCCGAAGAAAAACAUUGUGCUUGAAGAGCCGAAGAAGAAGAAGGCGGAACCGGUGGAGGUUUAGAAGGGGGUUGGUGUUGAAAGAAACGAGCGGGUGGGAGCGUGAAUUCGGCAUGCUUGACCAGAUUGGGAUUUCGAGGAAUACAUAUACCAUUAUGAAAUUCAUUUAAUGGCAUUGAAAUAUGCCAAAUCCUGCGUUAUAUUACAUAAUGUGAGAUUUGACAGGAAGGGAGGGCCGGAUUCGAUAUCCCUAACUAGGUAUUAGAAAUACCUUGAAAUGCAAAAUUCGACUCGCUACCUUGAAACUCAACCUCCGACAACAUUCAAGGCAAUGAGAUACGAAUAUUGCAAUUUGAGUGGAACAAUGUCAUCUCAACAUCGAAAAUAAAAAUACAAAAGGGAUGUAUGUACAUCUUGAAGAACAAGAGAUAAACUGUUUGUUUGCACAGACAUUUGCUUCUCGCGAAUACCACACAAACUCAAUUCCAUAAGUUAUGUAAUCUACAUAAAUCACCA